AUGUUAAAACAAAUUUUCACUAUCUCACUUCUUGCAUUCCCAGUGGUACAGUUACAUAAAGUUGAAUUAGUAAAUGAGAAGACUCCCUUCGAUUAUGUGAACGAACGUUUGGAUGCUAUCGGUAGUAACAUCAAAACUGGACUGCCUUUAUCAAACAGUUAUGAAGUGGAAGAAAGUGAGGAUUAUCCCGAACAAAUUGAAGGAGCUGCUUCUACUAUAUUGACUGCGGUUAACGGUGUUAAUGGUGGAGUUGGAGGCAUUGGUGGAGUUACAGGGGUUGGUGGAGUGGGAGGUGUCGGUGGAAUUGGGGGUAUCGGCGGAGUAGGGGGUGUAGGCGGCGUUGGAGGUGUUGGUGGUGUCGGUGUUGGUGGACUUGGUUAUGGCCAAGGCCUAGGCUUAGGCGGCAUCGGUUUGGGAGGCAUUGGUCUCGGACAAGGAUUGGGACUUGGUCUCGGAGGAGUUGGCGCAGUUGGCGGACUAGGCCUUCAUAAUCCUGGAAUUAGUGUGGGUAAUCUGAUAAAUCCUGGGAUUGGUGGACUCGGUGGCAUCGGAUACGGCAACGGUUUAGUCUACCAUCCAUUACUUGGAGGUCAAGUUGGUGGAGGAUACGUUGAUAAAAAAGCUUACGAUGCUGCUCAGAAGAAAGGUGCAGGAGAAAAUGUGGAGAAGAUUGAAAAAAAAGCUGAGGAAGAAGUGAAGCAUGGUCAGGAAGGCUUCCAACAAGGCGGAGAAGCAGUUCAGGCUGAAAAGGGUGAAUCUAGCUUCUAUAAGGACGAAGAAGCCAAAAAAAAAGCAGCCGGAGAUGAAAAGUUUUACCAAGGAGGUCAAAAGUUUGAUAAACAAGGUGCAAAUGAGGAACAAGUGAAAAAAGCCAAAGGUCACAAAAAAGGGCACGUAAGCAAAGGAUUUAAGACAUCCAGCAGCAAGAACGAGGAGGAGAAGACUGAGACCUUCUACGAUGAAGCUCACGAUGAGGCAGACCAUAAGAUCGCAGGACACAAUGCUGGUUCCUUCGGUGAAAACUCUCAACAAGGAUUCAAGGGAGCUCAUGAGGAAAAGGUUUUGGAUGCUGCAGCUCAAGGCAAAGAAGGACAUCACGUGUCAGGACAAAAAUUCGAUAAUACAAAGGGUGAAAAGGGUGACUACCUGCAGAAGGGGUAUAAGGGCGGUGCAGAGGUGUUGGAAAAGUUCAACAAUCUAGGAGCACAUUCGAUCCACGGUCAUCAAGAGGCCAGCGGUGGCUACGAACAAAACAAGGGAUAUCUUCCCAUACAUUAA